AUGGUGGUCGACGACGACGCCUCCGUCGCCAGCGUCGACACCAACGACACCAACGACACCAACGACACCAACGACACCAACGAGCUUUCCGAGCGCAGCUUCGUCACAGAGUGGCCGGAGUUCGACAUGGCGGGUCAAAACCCUCCGACUGGGCACUACCUGCCUGCAGUUCGCGUUGAAUCCGAGUUCAAGCUCGGUAUCAUCUGCUUCGCCUCAGCUGGCGACUAUUUGUGGCAUGGUGACGUUCGCAAGCGGUUCACUGACUUCAUCGUCAAUGAGGUGACUCGCAAAGGCCAGGUCCUCCACCUGCUGGAGAUGAAGGAGGUCAUGGAGUCUGAGAAAACCAAAGAUCACAAGCCUCAGACGCCUGACGAUGGCGAUGGCAUCCCCGAAGUCGAUGUCCAGAUUCUGAAGCAACUGCUUGGCGAGACCACGACUCGGGAUGUCCGAGAGCUCUACUCGGCUACCAUGAAGAAUAUCACGCCUAUCACGGGACCGUCUGUUGCUCUUGCCGUCAUUGGCGAUCGCGAAGAGCGCGCACGGCUUCAUAAGGAAAUCCGCCGCAUCUUCGACGGCCGUUUCGAGACUCAAGUCGAUCCCAAGACGGGCCUCAUCACUGCCACGGCCGUCCGAAAGGGCAAGGGUCGUCAGCGAGGCCGGCAAUAUGCCAAUAACACCGGUGGCUACUCCAACAUGCGGCAGGGCGGUGAAUAUCUCCACUUCACUAUGUACAAGGAGAACAAGGACACCAUGGAGGCCAUCAAUCAGAUGGCUAGAUUGCUGAAGAUCAAGUCUUCCGCCUUCGGAUUCGCCGGCACCAAGGACCGUCGGGCUGCUACCACGCAGCGUGUGAGCGUUUUCAAGCAGAAAAUCGAGAAUCUCAACUGGCUCAAUGCUCGAAACCCUGCCAUCAAGGUUGGCGACUUCCGCUACCAUCCGAAGCCAAUUUCGCUCGGUCAACAUGGUGGCAAUGAGUUUAUCAUCGUGAUCAAGAACGUCGAGGUCGACAUCACGAACUGGGACAAGGCUGACAUGUCUCGCCGUAUUUCUCACACCCAAGAGUUGGUCCAGCUUUCUCUGGAUGCGAUCCUCAAGAAUGGUUUCAUCAACUACUUCGGACUGCAGCGUUUCGGAACCCAUACCAUCGGUACUCAAGAUAUCGGUCAGCGCAUCCUGCGAGGCAACUUCGAGAGCGCGGUCGAAGCUCUUCUGCAUGUUGAUGCUUGCUUCAUCGACAAUCAGCAGAACGUGGAGCAACUCGAGAGUGUUCACCAUCGUGAUGAGAUCAAUCGAGCUCGCGCCCUCACUAUCUGGAAGAUGAGCGGUGACGUCGCCGCCGCCUUGAAGGUUCUCCCAAAGCGAUUCGGCGCGGAGUCUUGCAUCAUUCGUCACUUGGGCCGCAGCCCCGAGACCCGACAUGACUACUGCGGAGCCAUCCUCCAGAUCACUCGCGGACUUCGCAACCUCUACAUCCAUGCUUACCAGUCCUACGUCUGGAACUGGGUUGUCACUCGUCGUUGGGAGAAGUACGGCAACGAGGUGCUCGUAGGCGAUCUGAUCCUGCAGACGACCCAGUCAGACAUCGCCCAUGCCUGCGACCCGGCGACUUACAUGGGCGAGGAGCCAGACCGCGAUGAAGAGGAGUAUUACCAGUCAGCUCGCGCCUUGACUGCACACGACCUCUCGAGUGGCCAGUACACCAUCUUCGAUGUUGUCCUCCCUGUGCCCGGCUAUGAUGUUUUGUAUCCGGAGAACGAGGUCGCCGACUACUAUUCCGAUUUCAUGGGUCGCGAGGAGAACGGAGGUCUCGAUCCAUACCAGAUGCGACGCCGACAGCGAGAGUUUAGUCUUAGUGGACACUACCGCAAGCUGGUCGCGCGAUUCACCGCCGCCCCCAAGUUCUAUGUUCGUCCUUACUCGGACGACAGCGAGCAGAUGCACCCGACGGAUCUCGACAUGCUCCGCCUCCUCCAAAAGGCCAAGGAGACCCCCGCGAACCAGGAGACCCCCGCGAACCAGGAGACUCCCACGAACCAGGAGGAGAAAGAUGCGGCUUCUGCCUGGCGCAAUCUCGCUGCCGACCCGGGUAAGCACGAUGAUGAGCUUGCCGACGAGCGACGCCGCCGACGGGCCAUGGAGUCAUCGGCCGAGCCGCCCGAGAAGCGUAUUAAUGACAAGUGGAUCGAGACGACUCUUGACGGUGGCAGCAAGCGGAUGAAAGUUGACCAACCCCCAGUCAUGAGCACGAUCCAGGGCAAGGAGGAUACCGAAGCUCGUGCUCCCCAAGAGGCUCCUGCUACCCAAGCGCCCCCCACUGCUGAAGCUUCUUCAGCCACCAAAGAGCCUCCUUUGGUUACUGGAGCCCCUGCCAAGUUCUUUACUCCGGGAGUCGCUCCGCCCCACAUUGUGCGUUACGACCUUCUUGGAAUGGGAACUAUCGAGCUGGAGACGACUCAAGGAUGGAACCCCGACGGCACACACAUGCCGCCCACGGAGAAAGAGGUCAGGGAGGCACUCCAGGCGGCCGCUCCCUUCCCUCUCCAUGCACCUGACAAGCCUUCCGAGACCGACAACCAUGCACCUGACGAGCCUUCCGAGACUGGCAACAAGGCUGUUGAUACGCCGCAAACUCUUGGUGCUGCCCAGCCUCUUCAUGGACCUACCGCGCCUUCCGAGACUGGCCAGACAACUGCUGACGCUCCUCAAACUUCUGCUGCUCCAUCGCCUCCUAAGCAGCCAACCGGCGCCGCGUCCUCUUGCGAGCCGAAGUCAGGUGGUAAUCAAACCCCUCAGCAUUGGGAGGAUAACGUUUUCUUCAAUGCACCGGAUGGUCCCAAAGAUAAGACAAUGGAUCUUACUCCCAAGUACACGGAUAUUCCUGAUCACCAGAACAAGGUGGCUGUCGUCCUCAACAUUCGUCUCAACUCGAGCAACUACGCAACCAUCUGCAUGCGCGAGGCGAUGGCCAAAAACUGGCCUGUCAAGGAGUUUUUCAAGAGCCGUGAUACCAAAUCUCCCAGCCUUGAAACCAACGAGCGUCGCGGUUCUGAUUCCAAGCACCAUUAA